CCUUGGAAUGGACUGGGUGCAAUUGAGCUCAGCGAUCCAUCCGCCAAGGGUGCUACAAACCCCAGCCGCUGCAAUGAUGUUUCAGCGGCAGGCAUUCAGCUCAUUCCAACGGACCUGGGCACAUGGAGGAGCGCCAGUAUUUGUGGGCAUUGCCAUGCUGCUCACUGUGAGGAUGCCAUGCAGACAGCUUGGGACUAGAUCUGAGUCAGGCUGGUGGCCAGGGAAACUGCAAAAAUUGCCACACCGUCAACCGUGUCGGCCCUGUCGCUAUAUUGCACCACAUGGCCAAGGUCUAUCUGUAGAUAGUGGGGCUGGGCAGCCACCAUUGACUGGCUCGACCAGCUCGACCAGCUCGACCAGCUUCGGCCAGGGUCCCAUUUCAGCCAUUGAUCAGCCCCUGAAGCAUUGGGAGCUUCAGAUACACGGCCUGGUGGUAGUCAUGAUAAGCAUGGAAUAUGUCACCUCGGCCGAGUUGCAAGAAGAAACACAGGCCCUUGCCUACGCUGACUGGGGAUACUAUGAGCGAUGGGGCGUGGCAUUGGCAAAGGUCCUGCUUCGCAAAGGUCUCCUAGAUGUACCGGAUUUGGGUCGGGCCCUAGGAGUGUACAACACCACUGAGUGCCAGGACUGUGAGUUUGACAUUGGAGAGAGGGUUUGGGUCAAGCAAAGUUGGCCUGGUCAACCUUCAUCAAUGUGGAGGCGCCCUCACCUGUCAGUUCCAGGCAAGUUGGAGGCUUUGGAAGGCAAGGUGGUGCACAAGCUCGGCAUGAGAUCAGAUCCCAAUUUCUUAAAAUUCUUCGAAGAUCUUGGCUUCACUGGCGCCAAAAACUCUGAGCAUUGCUACUCGGUUGAAUUCGCGCCCAAGACACGGACGAUUUGCAUUGAGGUCUUCCAGAGCUGGCUUCAACGAGAGGUUUCCAGCUCAAGUGGCGACAUCCCUUCAACUGGCACAGCCAAGCCCUUGAAGUCGCCUGUGAAGGCUCCUAAGCGUCGAUCCCUGAAGCAGACGUUGAAGACCAUGGUCCAAGACAUGCACGAUGCUUCCGCCAUGCAGGUCCUGCAGCUUCCGCAGUCACCUGCCCAGCGUCACCAGGAUGAGGACCGUAGCCGCCCUGGCGGUCCUGGUCCUCCUAGCCGCCCGAUGAGCCAUGAAGAUCAUGACCAUUCGGACCAUUCGCACCUUUCUCGUGCAGAGGUGGAGCAAGCAGCAGUCGACAAGGAGGGCUGUGAGGUGCCUGGACAACGACUUGCUGAAGCCUUGUUGGAGAAUCUCGUCCACAAAGGGCUCAUUGCCGGAACAGCAGUGGCUCGAGCGAUUGAAGUCAUUGAAUCAUUGGGGCUGCAACCUUUGGGACCUCGUGUUGUCGCACGGGCGUGGCUGGAUGAAAACUUCAAAAGACGACUGUUGGAGGAUGCCAAUGCCGCCAUCCAAGCCUUGGAUGAAGCCAACUCAGCCAACUCCAAUCAUGUCAAGGUUAAAGUGGUGGAGUCAACGGAGAAGGUUCACAACUUGGUGGUUUGUACACUGUGUUCCUGUUAUCCUGUGAGUCUUUUGGGCUUAUCUCCAUCAUGGUACAAGUCACGCGAGUACCGAAUUCAGGCAGUAGAAAGGCCCAAGGAGCUUCUGAAGGAGUCUUUUGGACUGGAAAUUCCUUCGGAUGUUGACGUUCAGGUGCACGACUCGAACUCGGAGUUGCGACAUGUUGUCCUUCCCAGAAGGCCAGCAGCGACUGAAGGCUGGUCCGAGGAGGAGCUCAUAGCAUUGGUGACGCGUGAUACGAUGAUUGGUGUCGCAAUACCUGAAGCCUGAGGUGUUCUGCGUUGUACUUCCGCAAGGGCUACUGACGCUGCUGGCAAAUGCUGCCAAGGAUUUGCCGACUUCUUUGCCUUUCUGAUCAAAAUGGUCUCAGACUGGUCGCAGCCCGAUUUCAGCCACAGACGGUUCGCGGUGAGAGCUGGAGCGAGGAAUGCCCAAAGGCACUGGAGCACGUAUCUUAUGGCAGUUUGCAGAAAGGGGAUGAAAGGGGACUAACACCGGUUGCCCUUAUCGCGAUAGUACUGGCUAUCGGCAUGCGCCAGCACCACAGGGUGAGCUGCCAAUGAAGAAGUGAGUAGGAUAGAAGACAUUAGAAGAGACGAGUUUCAAAACUGCUUGGAGUGGAAGUCGCGAUCAGUUUGAAAA